AUGCCUCCACGAUCGUCCUUGACAUCGUCCUUCUCUGUUUCGGAUGCCAACAAUGAGGUUGUGUGUCCAUUGCGCAAUCAAGAUGGCUCCAGCUGUCGCAAACGUUGCCUCGGUGAAAAGCGAUAUCGAUCAAUGCAAGAGCAUAUACGAAGAGCGCAUCCCGAACACUACAUAUCGAAGCUCCCUGCGACCGAAGAGAGCUUUCAACUUAUGAUUAAUACCCCUCCAUCUGAGCGACCUCCUCCACCAACAAGCUCCAAUCUUGCUCCACAUGGUCUGCAGAACUCUCACGACGUCUGCGACAGUGCUAACAAUCAUCAAGGCUAUGGCAAUGACCGACACAGUUACUAUGGCGAAGACUCGAGUACUCCUAAUACGCCGAGGAACCUGGACGAUUAUACGUCGAAUUCCAUGCUGCCAGCCGCUAGCGCCGCGGCAGCAGCACUCGCACAGCUACACAAUCACAAACUUGAGCCAGACUGGGAGUCCGAAAAUGAUUGGAUGUCGGACACUGAAGCACACAAGCAAGCUAUGCGAUCCUCCAUAGAGCUACCUCCCCUGCAUUCCAACAAUAUCGAACCUACAAGUGAUCCAUUUUCGCAUCUCAAUCCCCACCGACGUAGAGAGCUUCUUCCAUCCAUACUUUCUACUUCUCCUCCCGGUCGUUCAUCUACUCUUCCUCCAAUUCAAAGAAAUCCUAGCACGAACCGUCCGAGGAAACAAUCUGUUUCAAAACGAGCUCGAGAACCCCAACACAAACGACAGAAGUCUCGAGGAGAAAACGCACAUUUAAGAAGAAUGAGUUAUGAUCGCAAAGCUUAUUCAGCUGAACCUUCCAGUGGACUGUCAGCUGCAUAUGGCAAACGAUGGGAAGAUCUGAUCGAUGCCGCAACUUCCGCAACAGAGGAUGUCGACGAAGAUAGAACACCGGUUCCUCCAUCGCCAAUAUCAGUCAACCGUGCUUCUCUACCACCGUUCGCCCCAUCCCACUUUCAAGGAUAUCAAGCUUCACCUCUACAACAAGCACUCACCCCACCAUCCAACCUUCCCGACGCACCAGAACCGUUCCCUUCAGUUGAAAGUGGUGAGAGUGGAGACAAUUUCCAUAUCGAAUCCCGCGGUCUUUCCGACUCUUCACCAAGCUUCUCAUCCCAAAGCAUCCAGAUCUACUGCGCUGCAUGUCAAGGCAUUUCAUUACUCAAAGAAUCCUACGCUUGCACCGAGUGCAUUUGUGGGAUCUGCCAAGCGUGCGUAGACGUGCUUAUGGCAGAGCAAGGUGCGAGAAGAAAAUGUCCUCGAUGUGCCACCAUUGGUGGUAGAUUCAAACCAUUCCAAUUGGACAUUAGAUGA